AUGGGCCAGAACAAGAUCAUCGAGAACGAGGAAGAGUUCCUAGAUGAUGUCGCUGCGUUCCACGAGCAACGAGGAACCAAUUUCGAGAGAGAUGCAAAGAUAUCGGGCAAAUCAAUAUCCCUGCACCAGCUUUAUCAUAUAGUCAUGGAAAGAGGUGGCUAUGACAAGGUCUCCGAUGAGCGUAUGGCAUGGCGGCAGCUCGUCAAACCUUUGGGACUCGGCCACCAACAUGAAGGCGCCAUGACAUUCCAGAUCAAAAGCAUGUACUACCGCAAUCUGGCCGCAUAUGAGAUUGCAAAGUACUGGGGAGAGAAACCUCCCCCGAAGGAGAUCCUCGAGAAUCUGACAGCAAAGGGCGGCAACCUGCGCACACGCACCCUCGAGAACUAUCCCAUUCCUGGUGCACGAGAAACCAUGGCCCUGGGCGACGGCAGUGAAUCUGUCGACGACGAGCAGCGAACGCCUCGACCGGAGCGGAUGGAGACAGAAGAGCCAGGCAGUGGUAGUCGAUACCCUUCCAGAAAUCUGCGUCAGGAUCCCAAGCGGACACAGCUUUUCCAGCCAGACACGUCUGCGAGUCGUGCCAGGGCCGCGCGCUCCACUAAUUCUCCCCAGCCCAUGCCUCCUCAGCACAACUAUUCGAGUGCCUCAUCAGAUCCUCGGAGUUCCUCAUUUAACAUUCAGAAUUAUGAACCACGACAGCCAAUGCCACUGACUUUGCGGCCGGUCACUACCCCCGGAAGCAAUCCUGCCCUGUUCUACCAACAGAAAGCCCUGGCAAAGGCUCAGUCCUUGCCGCGACCAAAACCAGAUCCUCAACAAUUCUUUCGCCAUAUGAUUCCUUCCAUGGGCGGGCCUAAUAUCUACCUGCGAUGUUUGUAUGGGUUGCGAUCAGGCAUUCCCGAAGAACAACACUUUGCGCUUCAUCAUUUGGUCAAAGUUUCAUUCGAGCGCGGUGACAAAUACAAGUUCGAAGGCUUCCCGCUGCUUGCCGAAUCAUUACUCGAAAAAGUUAUGGAGAUCAUGCCGCUGGUCUACGGCGUGACGUGGGAGGUGUCCUACAACGAGCCCGAAGGCACUGCCCCUGAGGGCACUUUGAACGCCGCGUUCGGUACCCCUGACCUCGCCAAUCGGUUGAAUAGCCUGAAGUCAAGGUUCGAGGCUGAAGACGAUUCGUCGGAUGACUCCUAUGACCGUCUGGAAAAGCUAAACGAGGCUGCCCUGGUUCUCCGCAACAUGGUGACACUGGACGAGAACGCUAAGUUUCUUGCGCCUUUCUGGCUGUUCCGAGACUUCCUCACGAUCGCCAUCAGCCUGCCACAACAGCCAAGACUCGCAGAGUUUCGUCGUUACGCUCUCGAGAUGGCAGGAUGGACUACUCGAUAUUGGGAGAUGCAACCGAAGGACCCGUUAUAUCUCUCGCUACUAGAGUACCUGGCCUCACCUGACCGAGCGAUGCUGCUGACAUCGCUACAAGCGAUUAUUCGAAUUGGUAUUGAGCUUGAGCCAGUUUUCCGACUUACGGAUGUUCCUCUAUCGGCAAUACAGCGAUUAGUGGCACUAGUACUACUCGAAGCUGACGACGAGCUUGUCGAGCCUGCGCUGGACUUCCUGUACGAAUACAGCGCCAUCUACGAGAACAAUCAUGAACUCCUGGCGGCUAGUCCAAGGCUGUACGCGAAUCUUAUCCCACGCCUGGUAGCGCUUCUGAAUCACAACCCUACAACCACCAAAGAACAGAUAUUGAGCAGGCCAAAGGCACAGCGUAAUCCUGUUCCAGCCACGAUACCACAAGUACCCGCGGACUUACAUGCGCAGCUUCUGCAGUUGCAGGAACCAGCCCGGUCGUCACGCUGGUUGAAAUCUUGUUUUGAGGAAUCCAGGGAGGAUGACAUAACCCAGAUCGCCAUUUGGCAAGCCUACCAGAGUCGUUUCGCCCACAAUGGCGCUAUGCCUGCAGCCGAGUUCAUCAAAAAUGUCUCGACGACAUUCAGCAACGCACAGGCUCAGGUGAUUAAUGGACCCCAACCGCGUUUCAUCAUCAAGGGCAUCCGGCCACGACGAAUCUUGGUAGAUCUUCAGGGUCAACCCUAUUUUAAGUGCUGCUGGGAGAACGAAAAGGUCGACCCCUCCGAUGCUGCAAGGCCUCAUGCACAGAAGCACGUUUGCAACGUGUGGCAAGCUAGUCGCAAGGGAUUAUGGGCUCAUAUGCUUAAUGACCAUCUGGCUGUGCCUCGGAACGAGGAUGGAACGUACGACAACAACGCAACGGCUGAGUUCCAUUGUAGGUGGCAAGGCUGCUUGCGGUCCUCGCCUUUUACAAAGGCAAGUGACAUCGGCGCACACCUAAGGGCACAUAUUCCAGAGACAGCCCAAGCCAUGGAGAAGCUCAUCUACGAUCUUGCCGGGAUGGGACCUGAAAAAGAACCCGAAGUGACGGAACACACCUCUUACUAUACGCAAAUUGAUGAAUACGGCACUCCAGCAGGCAUUUCGUUCAUGAGCGUCAUGAUAUUACGCAACCUCGCGCGGUUUGCUAACAAGCAUGGCGCCGAGUAUCAUCAGAACGGUUCAACGCUCAUGGAUAGACUAUUCGGAGGUGUGAACCGAGACCUGUGGCAUGCGUUCAACCUUAACAGAACGCUUCGGCCAUGGGUUGGUCAGUUGCUGGCCCUGGUCGAGAAGGGAGAACAGCAGGAGCCUAGAGGGGUGAAGAGGGAUCAUGAGGGCGAAGAUGAUUAG